AUGGGAAAACUGAGUGAUGUACACCUGUUGACCCUAGCUUCUGAGGAUCGAGUUGAAAGAAUGUCGACGUGUACGAAUCAGAUCGGUCGAGAUGGAGGAGAAGUACUUGUGCAAUAUUGGGAUGCGAAAAGGUCGCAGAGUUGCAGUGAAGUGUUGGCAGAGCGAUGUCGGCUGCCUCUGAUGCCAGGGCAAUCAAGGAUGGAUGAUGAUGACCGGAGUGAGUCGCGAGCGCGACAGGCGCUGAAGCGUCAAGAGCCUAACCUUUCACUUGGCUGCAAACUCGAGUUGAGGAAGCAGCGACGAUGUGAGGUUCGAGUAAACAGCUGUGGUAGCAGCGUGACAGGUUCUGAUUGUACUCAUCCGUUCGUAUUGGAUCAUCAAAUUCGGUGGAUAGCAUAUUUUAAUGCUGCACAGGGGAGGCGACAGCGAGCGGCACAAGUUUGUCGCACAGGUGUCAAUUUUGUCGGAAAGGUGUCGGGCCUUCACGUCGGCAAGGGACUGGACGGUGGCAAGCGGCCACCGAUGGCCGUGGAAGAAAGCAAGCCCUACACUGGUGAAACGCCUUAG